GUCGGAGGCGCCUUCAGCGCAGACUCAGUCGGUGGGGGGACGGAGUGAGGGAGAUCGCAGCCAUGUCGGAUUAUGGAAAUUACAGUCAGCCUGGAACUCAAGCACAAAGUUAUGGAGCCUAUGGUGGACAGUCAAGCCAAAAUUAUGGACAUGCUUCACAGGGUUAUGGUGGCUAUGAGCAGUCUGGUGAUGCAUCUGGAUAUGGACAAGGCCAAAGUGGGUAUGGUUCAAGUUAUGGACAAGCGCAGUCAGGGUUGAAUUCUCAGUCUUCAACGUCUGGUUAUGGGCAGAGUGGGCAAGGCUAUGGAAGUGAGAGCUCUCGUAAUACUUAUGGGCAGCAACAGAUGUAUGGAAGUUAUGGACAGCAUUCAGAUUCUCCUAGCAGUUAUGGCUCAAAAUCAGAAACAGAAUAUGGUAACCAGUCAAGCCAAUCAAGUUACAAUCAACCAAGUUACAGCCACUCGACCUCAUACCAUCCACCGCAUGAGAGCUAUGGUCAGCAGAGAUCAGAUGACUACGAGCAGGAUAGACCUGGCAGGAGUAAAUUUGGAGAUGACAACCGAAACUUUGGCAGACAACAGGGUAAUGGCGGUAGAGGUCGUGGAGGAUACAGCCAUAGUGGAUAUGAUGGUGACAGAGGGGGACGUGGUAGAAUGGGCGGUGGUGACCGUGGUGGCUUCAAUAAUUUUGGUGGCUCAAGAGAUCGUGGACAAGGUCCUAGUCCUGCUUCUGAUGAUAACUCUGAUAACAACACCAUUUUUGUCCAGGGCCUGGGAGACGAUGUGACAACCGAACAAGUUGCUGAGUUCUUUAAACAAAUUGGUGUGAUUAAGAUUAAUAAGAAAACUGGAAACGCCAUGAUCAACCUCUACACUGAUAAAGUGACAGGCAAACUGAAAGGUGAAGCAACAGUGUCUUUUGAUGACCCACCAUCAGCAAAAGCAGCAAUUGAUUGGUUUGAUGGAAAGGAUUUCCAUGGAAACGUAAUAAAAGUUUCCUUCGCAACAAGGCGAUCAGAGUUCGUACGAGGUGGCAGAGGUGGUCGUGGAGGUGGCCAUAUGGGUAGAGGACAUGGGCGUGGUUUUCAGGGUGGCGGUGGUCAAAGAGGUGAUGAUUGGACUUGUCCAAAUCCAUCGUGUGGUAAUGUCAACUUCUCAUGGAGAAAUGAAUGCAACCAGUGCAAAACACCCAGAGUGGAUGGUGGUGGAGGUGGUGAACAUCAUGGCAGAGGUGGAUUCAGAGGCCGUGGGGGUUACCGUGGAGGCAGAGGUGGAGAUCGUGGUUUCGGGGGUUCUGGAAAAAUGGGUGGAGGAAGAAGUGAUCACAGAUCGGAUCGACGUGAUAGGCCUUACUGAAAGCAUCCUGGGAACAAGAUUUUUUCUUUAGUGGUGCUUCAACAUUGAUGCAAUGUAAUGUACUUUUUCCACUGUAUUUGAAGAUGAAGAUUAAACUGGAUUUUUAAUAAA